AUGUUAGUGGGCCUCCUAGUUAUGAAGAUGCUGACUGGAGAAACGGCAAAAUCAUCACCUCAGGUGAACAUUAACCAUCAAGAAAUUCUGGAAGCAGCUGCUCCACCACCACCAGCUGCCGCCGCCACACCACCUCCAGUUACCACUACACCGCCACCACCUGCAGUGACAGUUAACAAUGAAAACGAUGGGUUUGACUUUUUUGAUCCCCGUGUUGCUGCUCCUGCUCCUGUCCUUGCGCUUGCCCCGCAAGGAUCAGGUGGUGGAGAGAUGGAGGAUUUGUUUGGUUCUCUACCAGAGUCUUUCUCUUCUUCAAAUGCAUUGGCUCUUGUAACAUAUACUUCAUCUAUAACCACUAAAGUUCAUCCUCCAGCAAAUAUUAAUCCUUAUCUCACCUUCGAUACCUCAUCGACAAGUCGGGUGCAUGAGUGUCUUAAAAGCUGGAUUCUACACACACAUAUUGAUAGUUUGUUUAUAUUGUAA